CCUAAAUACACAUUCCUCCUGCCACAAAUACCCAGUGACGGAGGGCUGUGUGUUGUCUUAGUUUGUGUUCUCUCAGAAGCAGACCCGGAGAUGAGGAUUCAAAUGUAAGCAGAUUAUCCCAGAGGUGAAGAAAAGAUGAGAGGGUGAGAGAGAGAAGGGAGACGGCCAAUCCAGGGACUUUUCUUUUUAGACAGGAUCCCACUCUGCUGCCUCUACUGGAGUGCAGUGGUGUGAUCACAGCUCCCACUGCAGUCAGCCUCCUGGGCUCAGGCGAUCCUCCCAUCUCAGCCCCCUGAGUAGCAAGGACUACAGGCAAGUACCAACACAGCUAAUUUUUACAAUUUUUUUUGUAGAGAUGGUAAAGGCUGUCUCACUGUUGCCCAGGCUGGUCUCAAAUCCUGGCCUCAAGCAAUCCUCCCACCUUGGCCUUCCAAAAUACUGGGAUUACAGGCAUGAGCCACUGUGCCUAGCCCCACUUCCAGGGACUAUGAGGCCAGCUUUCAUACUGGGCAAAUAGAGCUUAAUUCCAUAGGGAAACCCACUUCUAGAAUUAUCCCACCUGAGGGUGAGGAAGCUGGAGUAUUUAUACUCCCCCUAAGGCAUUGGCUGAGGGCUGGUCGUGUGUGUGUGUGUGUGUGUGUGUGUGUGUGUGUGUGUGUGAGAGAGAGAGAGAGAGAGAGAGAGAGAGAGAGAGAUCUCCUGGCAUUUCUAGCUGAAAUGUCCAAAGAAAGAGCAUGGUCUCUGGGGAAGUCUCAGCUACUUCAGCAGCACCAUGGGUCUGAAAGGGACAACAUGGAGAGCUAAGAUGAGAUCCCUAAACUUCAAGAGGUUAGUGUUUGGGGGUAGACAACAAAUGAGUGUACAGUAUACACAGGAGAAGUUAAAAGCUGAUAUAAAUGUCACAGAAUGCUCAUUUGAAAGUUAAGUGAAAAUGACCAGGCACAGUGGCUCAGGCUUGUAAUCCCAACACUGGGAGGCUGGGGCACAUGAGCACCUGAGGUCAGAAGUUUGAGACCAGCCUAGCUAAUGUGGUGAAACCCUGUCUGCUAAAAGUACAAAAUUAGCUGGGUAUGGUUGCAGAUGCCUAUGCUACUGCAUGGUCCCAGCUACUAGGGAGGCUGAGGCAGGAGAAUCCCUUGAACCCAGGAGGCAGAACUUGCAGUGAGCCAAGAUCUCACCACUGCACUCCAGCCUAGACAACAGAGCGACUCUGUCUAAAAAAAAAAAAAGAAAAUAGUUAAGUCAAAGAGGGCAUCUCGGUCCUUGCUGGCCCUGGGCUGGUGGAGCAGCCCUCUUCUCACCCUUCCUUAAAAGGCCAGUUACAGAGUUUCCACAUUUGCCCUCGUGACCUGUCCAAAUACACUGAAGAGAUGUUUGGAAGAGUCCUCUCCUGCCAUGAAGAAGGGUUAGCAAACAGGAACAGCUCUCCCCUGUGCUCAAGCCAGGCCUGUUUUCCCUGCUGUCCACAGAGAGGAGGGGACAGGAAACCAGCCACAGGACCUCACUGGUGCCCCAGGGUGUUAGGGUAAAGGCAGAGAGAGAACAGGGGGCAGCCCUGGGGCAGGCAUCUCGUGUGCCCCCCAGUUCCACCAUAGCAUCUGGAGCACAGGCCACGAAGGAGCAUGAGGGCGCCCUGGGCUCAGAUGGUCGCUUAGCAGCACCUUCCAUCAUGGUGAGAGGCAGGGACGGGGUCUGUGGUCGUCUCCCAGCCAGGAAGUAACAUUCUAGGAAGGUAGCUAAGAUGGUGAGCUUUGAAUUAAUCAGAGCUGAAUUAAUCUCUUUCCCAUCACCUGCUGGCGUUGUGCCCCAGGCAGCAGCUUCAUCUCUCAGAGCCUUAGUUUCCUCAUCUCAAAAGAGGAACGCAAAUACCUGUCUUAGUGCUGUGAGAAUCAAAUACAGGGAAGCAUCGCACCCGGCGCCUGGGAUGCAGGAAACAACUGUAAGAGUUUUCAUCAGUGGUAUUUCAGGUCGGUGUGGCCGCAUGGCUGCUAGGGAGACUGCCCCAUGUCAUGGUGGAGACCAUCCUCCUGGAAGGGUGAGCUUCAUGAGAGCAAUGUGGCUUCAGAGGCUGGCAAGAGAUAGAAUUCACACAAACCACAGGAAGAAUGAAGAGUCCGGAGCAGGAGAACGUGGAGCAGGAAGGAGCAGGACCAAAGGCUGGCGCUUAGUGUGUAAAGCUAGAAUGCAGCUGGGACGGAGGCUCCUGGGAGCACAGAAGCCGCUUCAACUCAAAACACCUGAGGAAAUACAUAUCAAGCAGCUGCUAAAUAUGCUGUUCUCUGCUGGUUGCUGCCAAAACACUGACCAGAGUGGCUCCUGUGUGUGUGGUACCUCCCCUGCCCAGGCCUGGCGCUGGCCGCUGAACACACGACUUUAUCUCAGCCCCAUGACAAUGCUGGACGUGCAAGAUGCUGUGAUUCCCGUCACACCAAGGAAAUGGGCACAGACUGGGGAGUGCCUUGCCCAGGGCCACCAGCAGGAAGAGGAGGAGCUGGGGUGUCACACCCAGGCAGCUAGUUCCAAAGUUCCUGCUCUUAAUGACUGCACUGUGGUGUCUCAGACCACAGCAGCCUUGGAAGACAGAGAUCGCAUCUCCCUUCAGAGCAAAAGGCAGAUUUGCUCCAAUUUUUACAGAAGAUUCUGGCUCCUCUGCUGUAAUCUAAGCCCUUAUGUCCUGACAUUACCUAGAGCCUCUUCGUGUCACCUUGUGGGAAAUGAUUCUGAGGAAACUAGCACAAUUGCAAACACCUGGUACUGCUGCUGCUGUGACUAGUAAACAUCCUUUUUCUCCGGUCCCAGAGUCUCCCGUCUUUAGCUAACAUUCAUGAAAUUGGGGCAGUCAGCUGGGUGUGGUGGCUCACGCCUGUAAUCCCAGCACUUUGGGAGGCCAAGGUGGGCAGAUCACCUGAGGUCAGGAGUUCGAGACCAGCCUGGCCAACAUGGUGAAACCCCAUCUCUACUAAAAAUACAAAAAUUAGUGGGGCGUGGUGGCGGACACCUGUAAUCCCAGCUACUCAGGAGGCUGAGGCAGGAGAAUUGCUUGAACCUGGGAGGCAGAAGUUGCAGUGAGCUGAGAUCACAACACUAUACUCCAGCCUGGGCCACAGAGCGAGACUCCAUCUCAAAGAAAAAUAAAAUAAAAUAAAAACAUAUAUAUAUAUGGCAUGGACAUCUUUCCAGAUCACUAAACUGACAUCCACAUCAUACUCUGUAAUGUUUGUAUGAACUAUGUAUUCCCUAUCUGUGGACAUCUAAUUUCUUUUUUCUUUUUUGAUCAUUCUAAACAACUUUGCAAUGAAUAUCCUUAUAUGCACAUUUUAGUGCAAUUUUCUAGUGUUUCAUAUAUGUUUCGAGAAGUGAAAUUAUAAGCCAAAAGACAAUUAAAACAAUAAACACUCACAUAGCUUUAACUCAAGCCAGGUGCUGUUUGAGGCACUUUGCAUAUAGCAACUCAUUUAAUCGUCACAACAUCUGCAGAGAAACAAACUCUCCUCAUCCCAUUCUACAAGGAGUUUAAGGGGCUUGCCCAAGGUCACACAGUCAGGAAGUGGUGAAGCUGGGAUUUGAAUCAGGUAUUCUGGCUCAAAGUCUGUGUGUACUCACUCUACUGUGGGUUACUCCCAGUUUAAAUGCCCUCUGUGCCUUUCCUAAGAGCCAAAUGGUAUCGGGGCCGGGCACAGCGGCUCAUGUCUGUAACCCCAGCACUUUGGGAGGCUGAGGCAAGCAGAUCACUUGAAGUCAGGAGUUUGAGACCAAGCUGGCUAACAUGGUGAAACCCUAUCUCUACUAAAAAUACAAAAAUGAGCCGGGCGUGGUGGCACAUGCGUGUAAUUCCAGCUACUUGGGAGGCUGGGGCAGGAGAAUCAUUUGAACCUGGGAGGUGGAGGUUGCAAUGAGCCAAGAUCAUGCCACUGCUCUCCAGCCUGGGUGACAGAGCAAGACUCUGUCUCAAUUAAAAAGAAAAAGAAGAAAGAAAUGGCACUGUGACAAUGUUAGGAUCUUUGAUUUUGUGUCCCCUAUGUAGAUACAAGUGGUAGUAAAGUCCUAUUGCAGUUUAGUGCUGAGAAAAAAACCCGUCUUUUUUGUUUUGAAAUGGAGUUUUGUUCUUGUUGCCCUGGCUGGAGUGCAGUGGCGCCAUCUUGGCUCACUGAAACCUCCACCUCCCAGGUUCAAAUGAUUCUCCUGCCCCAGCCUCCCAAGUAGCUGGAAUUACACGCAUGUGUUGUAAUUACCUGUCUCCUUCUGAAAGUAAGUGGAUAUAAAUUAACACAGGAAUAAAAUGAAGGAAACAUUUACACUAGCUUUUUGGACCCUUCUUGCUUUGUAAGAACUCUUGGGUUCGGGAAGGUGGUGUGCUGGCAUCGGGAACACCCUGUGAAUUGUCUUGCCAGCUUAAUUACCUAAACAAAACCCAAAGGCUUUUGGAGGAAAGUAGUAAUUUGUAAUUACCAGCAAUUGGUUUGACACACCCAAGGCCCCUGUUCUCAUUCUGAAAAGGAGGCCAGCAAACAUAAAAAACAAAAACCUCCCACUUAAAAAAAGCCCUUCACGCUCUAAUGACUUGAUCCAACAACUACACCAUUGUGAUCUUGAAAACAGUGCUUAGUCUAACAGCCACAUGUUCCCUCACAUGGCCAUUCUCACCACCACCAAAGCCUGCAGCUCUCCAAAAAAUUACCAAUGGCUGGGGACGAUGUGAAUGCUUUUUAUUUUUGCUAAUAUGAAUUUAUUUUUUUUAUUUAUUUUUUAUUUUUUGAGACAGAGUCUAAUUCUGUCACCCAGGCUGGAGUUCAGUAGUGUGAUCUCAGCUCACUGCAGCUUCCACCUCCUGGGUUCAAGUGAUUCUCCCAUCCCAGCCUCCCGAGUAGCUGGGACUACAGGCACAUGCCACCACAUCCGGCUAAUUUUUUGUAUUUUAGGUAGAGACUGGGUUUCACCGUGUUAGCCAGGAUAGUCUCCGUCUCCGGACUUCAGGUGAUCCGCCCACCUGGGCCUCCCAAAGUGCUGGAAUGACAGGCGUGAGCCACCAUGCCCAGCCGAAUUUUUUUUGUUUUUUAAAAUGAGCACUUUCAGGCUGGGCAUCGUGGCUCACACCUAUAAUCCCAACACUCUGGAGACCGAGGCCAAUGAAUCAUUUGAGCCCAAGAGUUCAAGACCAGCCUGGGCAACAUAGUAAAACCCUGUCUUUACAAAAAAAAUACUGAAAUGACCCAGGUGUGGUGGUGUGCACCUAUAGGCCCAGCUACUCAGGAAGCAGUGGGUCCAGUAAGCUGAGAUUGAGAUACUGCACUCUAGCCUGGGGAACAGACCAAGACCCUGUCUCAAACAAACAAGCAAACAAUGCAGCAAAGAUGCGGACAGCCCCUCACCCGGACAAACCACUAAAUUCCAUAUUUUCUAUCAGCAACUUCACUUUAGAAAUACAGGCAUUCGGCCAGGUGCAGUGGCUCACGCCUGUAAUCUCAGCCCUUUGGGAGGCCGAGGCAAGCAGAUCCCCUGAGGUUGGGAGUUCAAGACCAGUCUGAACAACAUGGAGAAAUCUUGUCCCUGCUAAAAGUACAAAAUUAGCUGGGCGUGGUGGCGCAUGCCUGUCAUCCCAGCUACUCGGAAGGCUGAAGCAUCACUCGAACCCGGGAGGCGGAGGUUGCCGGGAGCCGAGACUGCGCCACUGCGCCACUGCACCCCAGCCUGGGUGACAGAGCGAGACUCUGUCUCAACAAAAACAGGGAUUUCACAUCUUCUGUCAACAGCCGAAGGGGUGUGUUUUGGAAAGUUUUCACACCGCUGUGAAGAACUGCCGAGACGAGUAAUUUAUAAAGGAAUGAGUGUAACUGACUCACAGUCCCCCACGGCCGGGGAGGCCUCAGGAAAGGUACAGUCACGGCAGUACGCAAAGGGAAAACAGCCACCUCCACCAGGAGCAACCGGAAGGACGAGUGCGGAAGCUAGAGGGAAAGCCCCUUAAAAGCUCAUCGAUCUUGCGAGAACUCUCUCAUCAUUGCGAGAGCAACCUGGGGCACUGCCCCCACGAUCCUAUCACGCCACCUGGUCUGUCCCUUGACACGUCGGAUUGUGGGGGUCACAAUUCAAGAUAAGAUUUGGGUGGAGACGACACGGGCGCGGUGGCUCAAGCCUGUAAUCCCACCCAGCACUUUGGGAGGCCGAGGCGGGUGGAACACGAGGUCAAGAGAUGGAGACCAUCCUGGUCAACAAGGUGAAACCCCGCCUCUACUAAAAAUACAAAAAAAUUAGCUGGGCAUGGUGGCGCGUGCCUGUAAUCCCAGCUACUCGGGAGGCUGAGGCAGGAGAAUUGCCUGAACCCAGGAGGCGGAGGUUGCGGUGAGCCGAGAUCACGCCAUUGCACUCCAGUCUGGGUAACAAGAGCGAAACUCCGUCUCAAAAAAAAAAAAAAAAGAUUUGGGUGGAGAGAAGCCUAACCAUACCAGAUUGUUAACAUCUUUGCAUCAACCGAAUUCCUCCUGUAUGUAGCUUAACCUCUACCCACGGACACACCCCUAUCGUUCUAAAACAUUUCCGUUUCCAUGGAAGAUAUCCUCAUGUUCCUUCCCAGCGUCAUGAGCCAUCAUCCAGAUCUCAGCAAUCAUUUUAA